AUGUCUUCACCAAAGUCGUUUAAUUUAUUAUUUUUAGUGUUCCUCUUCAUCUUUACGAUUGAUUUAGCAAAAUCUACACCAACUAAAGAUAUCUCACCAUUAAUACAAUCACGAUCACCAAUAAAGUUUCAUACAAAGGAAAGAUUUGUUAUUCCUUUUAAUUAUGCAGAUGUAAGACUCAAAAAUAAUUCAGCCAUUGUAAUUGAUUUAAAAGUGGGAGAUAAUGAAUUAAUAAUAAUAAAUAAUUCAACAUUAAAACUGGGAAUUACAUCACUUCAGGUGAUCAAAGCAAAAUCCAUUCCAACUGAUAUUAGUAAAGAAGAAAUUGAUAACUACUUUGAUAGUUAUGACAUAACUGUUAAAAUAAGUUCUUCGAUACAUUCACUUUCAACAAAUAUUGACGAUAUAGCAAUUAAUUGUAUAAUAAUAUCCAUAACUGCUAUAGAGGUCGACAGUUUACAAGUUAUACAAGUAGAAAGAGUUGAAAAAAUAUUGAUUGAAGACUACUCCUCCGCUUCCUUCGACGAAAAUAAAUUCGAACUUCGUGUGCGUCACUUGUUGCGUUGUUCUCCAAAAUUCAUAAUAAUUUUAUUUGCUGCAUUCUGGCUCACUUUUAUAUCUGCAAUAUUCUUUAUGAUCGUUGCAUCAGCUUAUCAAAAAUACUCAUUAUCUACAACUAAUCCUUAUCAGCCUAUACCAACCAAAUAA